UGAAACCCCAGCACAAAAUGCUUCCCCCGGUACGUAGCACCGUACGUACCGUACAAAAGAACGCAAUGUGCGAAAAGUCGAUCGUGCCUUAUUGCACCUAUUUUGGAAAGAACAACACCCAAUAGCAUGGCAUCACCGUGGUUAAAAGACUAUUUCUUGGACCAACUCUCAUCCAAAAUCGGCAAGAUACACUCGCAGCACUCGUCCCCUACUGCUGACCAUUCGGCGACGAAYACGGCUUCGGCGGAGCCCAGAAGAAUCCACCACUCGCGGCUCGUGAAAAUACUGGCUCGUGGACAGGGGGAACGGCUGGCUUGCGGGGAUUGGUCCGGAAACGGCUGGUGGAACGUUCGCCAACGGGGAAGCACGCCAAAUCUUGCGAACCACACGAACGCCUGGUUGUUGAUCUCGGAUGGGUCUCACAGCGCGAGGGUCUAUCUGACCAUCGGGGCACUGAAACAAAUAUUCGAUUGGGACAACAAGAACAACAACGACGACGGUCUUUUCGGGCGCGGGUGCUGUGUUUUGCUGAAGCAAUACUACCUGGAAAGCGCUAGUCUCGGCAACAACGAUGAAGGCGAUGGCGACAACUUAGAGGAAAGGAACGAUUUGUUGCUGUUUAAGGUGUCGUCGCUAGAGCCGAAGCCUGGUUUCAAUCACCAUGCAAACAGCAACGAUUCUUUCAACAGCAGCGCGAGUAUCUCCCCGGUAAUGAAGGAAAUUGAUCUAUUGUACGGCUUGCAAUUUCUAGCUCGAGAGAGGCAGCUAGACAAAACGCWCACAUCAAGUACGUGUGGAGAAACAAAUGGCUCUCCAAAUGGCACGACCAACCCGAAGAGUGUCGUCCGAGACUGGGAUGUUGCAUUUGGCCGUCUCAGCAAAGGAAUCUUGUCGACAUCGACGCUUCCGGGCGGUGCUGCCGUUACAGACGAAAACAGCAUCCUGAAUUUGGCAGAAAAAGCUUCGUCGACGGAGGAAGCGAUCAGGGAGUGGGAAAAUAAAAAGAAAGAGUACGGGAUCACAGGUGCCGAUGACAAUUUUAACAUUGGACGCAACAGUAGCGAUCAUCAGAAUGACAGAGCGCAAACUAAAACAAAUGCAGAUUCUCAAGAGGAGACACACACCAAAGAUAGCGAAGCAAGUGAUGAAGACGAAGAUGAAGAAGAUGAUUCUCGUCUGUUCAUCCAGAAUGUUCUUGCGACCCAGGAGGAAGAAGAAACGGGAGAGGGUGGUGGAGGCGAAAGUAACAUGCCCCUGUCGACGCAAACAGAAAAUGACGAUAAUGAGGAGGAGAACCAAAGCUCUACCAGCGAAGAGCUAUUGCUCCCUGAGACACAACCAACAGCAGCGGCUUUGGAGAAAAGAAAUGAACUAAACGGACAGCCAAACAGCGAAAAAGAAUUGGAGGAGGGCCUGGAUGCAACGAGGAUAAAUGCAAAACAGAAACGCAAUCGAACGAGUGACGACCAGAGUGUUUCUGUUUCUUCGAGACGCUUGGCGAUGUACGAUUCCAUUGGCACCACCAGGCAUGGGCCCAGAAGCCCGAGGCGCCGAAGAGGAAAUAGACAGAAUCAAAAUCAAUCCCGAAAGAGAAGCAAGGGUAUUUGGGAUUCCGUCAAAACGCAGCUUUUCGAUCCGGACCGUGCCAUAGUGUAUUGUGUGCCAUCCUUUCAGUUGACCCAAGGCAGCCACGGAAGUGGGGACGACCACACGUACUCUACACCCAUGAAGCGUUCGGCGAGGGGGCCCGGUGAUCAUCUUGUUUCCGGGAGUGACCGUUCGGGCAAAACGAACCUUACCGAUCGAUCGACUCCCAACCCAUCAUCAGGCGCAUACUACAGAAAGUACGGGCUUUCACGGUGGUUGAGUCGGAAUACAAUUGCUGUGGAGUCCGACAGUAACUCUCACAACAAGUCCAAUUCAGCAGCGAGUAGUGGUGACGAACGAGACUACGCUUGGAAGUAGUGAAACAUAUUGGCUCCAUAUGCCACACUUGCAAUCCCAAAUGAUGGUACUAAUUUUUUUGAAUAAGGUCGAUUUUUUCGUGCAAUACAGAAAUUACAACAAA